UAAUGUCAGCCUCCUGCUGUUCAAUUUCCUGUCAGUCACUCCACCCACCUGAUCACCCGUAAGAAUCACUACAGGUGAGGUUCAGAUUAUUUUGGAGUUUAUUGUGUUGCUUGUUAAACAGAGUUUUAAGUUCCCUAAAAGUUAAAAAGGCGUGAGACGGCACUGAAGGCUAUGGGAGAACCACGAGGAUCACAUGAUCACGGUGUCCAUUCUCAGUCCCUGCCUCCUCUCCAGACCUUAAACCUGGUCCUGAUUGGUCAGAAGGAGUCUGGAAAGAGUGCAGCAGGAAACGCCAUCCUGGGCACCAUGGCCUUCGACCAGGUCGGGGUGAAGACCAGGAAAAGCAUGCGUCGAGAAGGUGUGGUGAAGGGAAGGUGUAUAGUGGUGGUGGACACACCAGGCUGGGACUGGUUUAACACAAUCGGCUCCUCAGCUUCCCCAUCUGCUGUGAAGAAAGAGAUGAUCUCAGGUAUGACCCUGUGCCACCCAGGUGCUCACGCUCUAUUGCUGGUGGUUCCUUUGUCGUUCUCCUUCACUGCAAGGGACCGCCAUGUGGUGGAGGAACAUGUAAAUCUGUUUGGGCCACGAGCCUGGAGACACACACUGGUCCUGUUCACUGUAAUGGACAUCAAGCGCCUCCGUGACUCCACCCUGCAGGAUGAGGUGGAGUUGAAUAGCGAGCUACAAAAGCUGGUGGAGAAGUGUGGUGGGUGGUACCAUGCACUCCACGGGAGACCAAGGAAUGGAGAGGACCAGGUCGGUGAACUUCUGUCUAAGAUCCAGGAGAUGGUGUUUGCUGAUGGAGAAUCGAUGCUCCUCAGUGACCAAGUGCUCAAGUGGAACAGAGAAAAGGAGGAGAGCAGAGAUGAAGAGAAGCUACAAAUAUCUCAGAUGAAGGGGAGGACGGGAGACUCUCACAAGGAAACAAAUAGUGAUGACUCUGUUUCAUCUGCAGGUACAGAACCUCAGGAGCCAUCAGUGGCAGUGCAAGACAAGACAUGUUUUAAUCAGCUCUGUAAGACUCAGUAGAAGGAACAGGAGAAGACGGAGUUGUGCAGCAGUUGUUUAUUCUUUCUGUUCUAUAUAAACAUAUACAUUUUUUAUAUAAUCACUUAGCAUUGUUCAUAAAGUAAAUAUAUUGCAGUUUUUAAACAUAUAAUGGAUAAUUUGCACAGAAAUAAAAGAUGUAAAAAGUCUU